AUUUUACAGGACAGGAACUAGGAAAUUUUUGUGGCCAUACAGAUGAAGUACUGGAUGCAGCCUUUGACAUGAUAAGUCAUCAUGUGGUUACUGGCUGUGCUGAUGGAAUAGCUCGUAUUUUUGAUGUUAUGAAACAAGAGUGUUUGACAGAGCUUAGUGGACAUGAAGGAGAAAUAUCAAAAGUUCUGUUUAAUCCUCAAGGUAAUAAAGUCUUAACAGCAAGCACAGACAAAUCAGCCAGAAUAUGGGACCCCUUUUCUGGGUGUUGUCUACAAAUUCUACAUGGACACAAAGAUGAGAUAUUUAGCUGUGCUUUUAAUUAUCAUGGGGACACUAUCAUCACUGGAAGUAAGGAUAAUACUUGUCGCAUUUGGAGAUGAUACAAGUUUCAUUUGUUUCACAAAUACCUGUGGUAAUUCAUAAACAUCAAUCUAUAAAAAACUGGAUAAUGGCUGAAGUGCAUCAGUUGUCAUCAGAAUCUUCCAUAAAAUGGUCACACUUUCAUAUACUUUUGUGAUAAAAAUGAAAUGUUUAUUAUCUUGCAUCUCCUUUUUUUUACCAUUAUCAUUCAAAUAAAGUUUUCAAAUGGUCCAUUUUUAUCUGGUAUAAAUGUAAAUUUAUUUCCAAUAUAUUGACAUUCUGGUAAUACAGCUUGUGUGAGGGUAACUUCCUAAGUCUACAAGUCUCUUACAAAAUUUACCAGGACAGAAGUUUGUUCUGCUGUCUCUUGUGACCUUAAGUGAAAACAACAGUUGCUGCCUGAACCAGAAGCUCUUGUCUAGUACAAAACUACUGUCAAUUUGUAAUAAUAAACAAUAUCAAUACUUCAGUUUCUGUUGUUGCUAAUUUCAGCAACUUUACACUUUCUCUAAGAUCUAAAAACUAUGUCACAGCAUGGUUCUUUCUCCAUUUCUAAGAUCCUGAAGAACAAAAACCUUCAAUCUUGAUAGUCCUCUAAAACAAAUGACUUAUUUCCUCUUGUCUAUCAACAAUGUUUUUGUAACAAUUUCUAAAAUAUGUGAAAGUAGCAAGAUCCAGCACAGGAAAUAUUAAUUUUAACCAUUCAUCUAACACUGUAUGUAACAUACUCAAUUCUAACCAAACCACCUUAUCUAAUGUUAAUACAUCCAAACAUUUCCUUAAUAUGAUAUGUUAAGGAUUUUUUUAUAACACAGGCAGAUGUUAAAGGAUAGUUUCUAAUUCCUUAUUUCUUUCUAUCAAUUAAAUAUAUAUAUAUAUAUUAGAAAAAAUGCAGUUUUUCUGAAAAACGUUUUUAUAAAAUGAAAUUAAGAAUACAUUUCUUAAAAAAACAUAGAAGGAUUUGAUUUUACAAAAUAAAUAGAUACUUAGAAAAUCUUCAAAUGUAUUAAUUAUAGUCAACAAUAUAAAAAUAUUUAAUGACAAUGUGAUUUCACUAAUUACCUGUAUUUAGUAUUUCAGUUUAUUUACUGCACACAUGUACAGGAAAAGAAGUAUACCAUUUUAAGGAGUAUCAGUAAAAUAAAUUAAAUUUAUUAGCCAUGGCUAUAGAGUAAUUAAUUCUUUUCUUCAUGUCUAGAUGUUGCAGCUUACACUUGGCUUUAAAUACAGGUACUACAAUCAACAACCUUGUACUGG